AUACCCAUUUUCCAUUAUUAUUCCUAUUUUUUAAAACCUUCUUCAAAAACCCCUCCAAAACGCCUAAGCUUUUAAACUCUCAAAAAAAUAUUUGCCGAAAAAUAUAAAAAUAUUACAAAAAUGGCUGCAAAAUCACGAGACCAGCUCAUACAUUAUGGUCUCCUUCUCAUCUCUUCUCCCUAAUUAUCAAAAUUUUCAAGCCGUACAACCUCUAGUUUUACCAGAUCCAUAAUCAGAUCCCUUAAUUAUCCUAGAUUUUUCGCAAUCUGAUUUGAAUCGGCAUUGUACAUUUAUCGAAUUUGAAAUAAUCGUAAAGUUUCAAAUUCAUUAAAGUUCCCGAUCUGAUCGCCGAUUCGUAUGUUUUUGCAAUGUUUUGAGUUAGUGUUUUGGUGUUUUAAGGAUCGGCAUUGUUUGUGUUUUUUAUUUUGGUAACAUUGAGGAAUGGCUUCGUUAUCUGGCCUUAGCGAGGAGCUCGGGGACAUUGAGGGACAGAUUUCGGAUAUUUUUCGAGCACUUUCAAAUGGGUUUCAGAAAUUGGAGAAGAUUAAGGAUUCGAACAGGCAGAGCAGGCAGUUGGAGGAGCUAACAGGAAAGAUGCGAGAAUGUAAGAGGCUUAUCAAGGAGUUUGAUAGAGAAGUAAAGGAUUUGGACUAUAAAAGUGACGCAGAUACCACCAAGAUGCUGAAUGAGAAAAAGCAAUCAAUGAUCAAAGAGUUGAACUCUUACGUUGCUCUGAAAAAACAAUACGCAAGCAAUAUUGAGAACAAGCGAAUAGAUCUUUUUGAGGGUCCUGGUGAAGGGUUUGCUGAAGACAAUGGUUUGCUAGCUUCAAAUAUGAGCAAUCAACAACUGAUGGAUCAAGGAAAUAGGAUGAUGGAUGAGACAGAUCAGGCCAUUGAGAGGUCGAAACAGGUGGUUCAUGAAACUGUAAAUGUUGGAACCGAGACUGCUGCAGCUCUGAAGGCACAGACUGAACAAAUGAGCCGUAUAGUCAAUGAGCUAGACUCAAUCCAUUUUUCGAUAAAGAAGGCUACACAGUUGGUCAAGGAACUCGGGAGGCAGGUUGCAACUGACCGAUGUAUUAUGGCCUUGCUCUUUCUGAUUGUGGUUGGGGUGGUAACAAUCAUUAUUGUGAAGAUUGUAAAUCCACAUAACAAAGACAUUAGGGACAUCCCCGGUUUAGCCCCUCCAGCACCCAGUCGAAGAUUACUUGCUUAUCCUUACUGAAAUCUUGAAACCAACGACAUUCACAAGGAUAAUGCAUUACUUCUCGGCGGAUUUUACUUGGUUUUUGACUUAAGAGCAGAGAGUGGCCGAGCUCACGAGCAAGGCAAGGGAUGAAGGAGAAAUACCUGGUUCAGAAAGGAGGGUCUCCCACCUUCUCUUUGGUAAUGAUAGUUUUCCAUUCUUUGUGCUGUUUGGGAUAGAUUUAUAUGAUAUUUGUUUGUAUGAUUAUUAUCUCUAUUCUAGAUUACUGGAACUAUUCCAUGGAGGAAAAUUUGAACUACACAAAGCCUUUGGCACUGGUUGAUUUGUGCAUAGACCAGCAUUGUAUAAUAGCAUCAUUUAUCUUUAUUAUACUUGUGAACCUCUUUUAGUUAUUAUUGUUCAAUUCUCCAAGAAGUUGAUGCUAAUCACUAGCAAGAUUAUUAUAUGAAUGACCCUUUGUAC